CACACACACACACACACACACACACACACACACACACACUUAUCCAAAAAACACUAGCUUCUCAGGACAUACGCCCUAGAGAGGCCACUGACUGGGGAUGAAGAGGUCACUGCCUUGUUUCUUGUGCCGCCUCGCUCAGGCCACAGUCAAAUCCGUGGGUCCCCUUAACGCUCCAGACUUGAUCUUUCCCACGGUUCAGCUCUCGCCUCCGAAUUAGGCCUCACUCUGGUCUCUUUUCCAAAAGACAUCAGUCCUAACCUUCUGCAGGCCCAGUAGGCCCAGAGGCAAGGAGAGAAUUGUGGUGUUCUACAUGGCGUGUGUGUGUGUGUGUGUGUGUGUGUGUGUGUGUGUGAGAGAGAGAGAGAGAGAGAGAGAGAGAGAGAGAGAGAGAGAGUGAAGAGACCUAGAACCCAAGCAAAACACCCUGAAAAUAAAAUUUUAAAUGCUUCUUGUACUAGGAAAAGGAUUCCCUACACAUCCACGUCUUUUCUCCACUGGGUUAUGCUGCCAUUUUGUGGGAUGAGGAAGGGAAAUUAGGAGGAAGAAAGGGGAUGUAGAUAGGAUCCCGGUUCGGUCAAGUAGUUGGAAUAAUUGUGGACAAGCUCAGGAGAAGGCUUUCAAGGCCCAACAUCCAAACUCCAGGCCACGCAGCCCAGCUGGCCCUCCUCCCACCGGUCGGUCCCUGCCCCCCUUGGCUAAUCAUCUUCAUUAGAGGCGUCAUCGCUGACCUAAUGAAAGCAAACUGUGUGGAAAUCGCCGGUAAAUAGUUAGGUCUGUGCUGUAAUUAAUUCAGUGUCUCUUUUAAUCAAACUGGAAAAGAAUCGGGCCGCGGGUUGUAGAGACGUGACAUCACCCCCAAAAUCGGCCCGAACCAAUCAGCGUCAUCACUCCGGGGACACGUGGGAAGUGGGGGUGGCGGCGAAGGCGCGCGCGGAGGACAGGUGAGAGCUGCGGUGGGAGCCGCAGGGCGCUGUCCACGGUGCUGGCGGGGCCGAGCAGGAGCUCCGGGGCCAGGUGGGGCUGCUCGAUCCCGGGGCCGCUGUCGCUGUCCGCGGUGCUGAGGCCUCCAGGGAUCCUCGGGCCGUUCUUCUACCCUUUGGCUCUCCCCAACUUGGCGCGCCCUCCUCCCAUUCCUCCUGACACUCCCACCACCACCCCCCCUCGGCUCGGCGGCUCGGCGCGGUGCUGCAGAAGACGCGUUGAGCCCUUUUGGAUGUAAUGCGCAGAGGAGGUUGGCCCAGAGCUCCCGGGCUCCCCCAAGGCUGAACUCCGUCCAAGGUGCCCACAGGCUCCCUGCCCGCCUUCCCCAUGCCAGCCCGCAGCUAGGGGCAGGGGCAGCGGCGGCUGGGGUUGGGGGUGGGUGGGGAGCUUUUGGGGAGGACAGGUUGCAGCUUGGCUAUGGAAGGCUCUAAUGGCUUUGGGAUUGACUCCAUUCUCUCCCACCGAGCGGGCAGCCCCGCCCUUCCCAAGGGGGACCCCUUGCUUGGGGACUGCCGUUCACCCCUGGAGCUGAGUCCACGCUCAGAGAGCAGUAGCGACUGCUCUUCACCAGCCUCGCCCGGAAGAGACUGUCUGGAGACCAGUACCUCGCGGCCUGGUGCAGCAUCUGGCCCAGGUUUGGACUCUCACCUGCAACCGGGGCAGCUUUCAGCCCCAGCCCAGUCGCGAACUGUCACCUCCUCCUUUCUGAUCAGGGACAUCCUUGCUGACUGCAAACCUCUCGCGGCCUGUGCACCCUACUCUAGCAGUGGGCAGCCUGCAGCCCCUGAGCCUGGGGGCCGCCUUGCGGCCAAGGCCGGGGAGGACUUUCGAGACAAGCUGGACAAAAGUGUCAGCAGCGCUUCAUCAGACUCUGAGUACAAAGUGAAGGAGGAGGGCGACCGCGAGAUCUCCAGCUCUCGGGACAGUCCCCCGGUGCGCCUGAAAAAGCCACGCAAAGCACGCACCGCCUUCACCGACCAUCAGCUGGCGCAGCUGGAGCGUAGCUUCGAGCGGCAGAAAUACCUGAGCGUGCAAGACCGCAUGGAGCUAGCCGCCUCGCUCAACCUCACCGACACGCAGGUCAAGACCUGGUACCAGAACCGCAGGACUAAAUGGAAGCGACAGACGGCCGUGGGGCUGGAGCUGCUAGCGGAGGCAGGCAAUUACUCGGCGCUCCAGAGAAUGUUCCCGUCGCCUUAUUUCUACCCGCAGAGUCUGGUUUCCAAUCUGGACCCCGGUGCCGCACUCUAUCUGUACCGCGGACCCAGCGCGCCACCUCCUGCCCUUCAGAGACCUCUGGUGCCCCGCAUCCUCAUCCACGGACUCCAGGGCGCCAGCGAGCCGCCCCCGCCGCUGCCCCCGCUGCCCGGCGUCCUCCCGCGCGCCGCGCAGCCCCGGUGAAGCUCCCGCUUGCCCCAAACCAUGCUCUGGGACCCCCAGCUCAGGCUGGGCGUGGGUCCCUCCCUUCGCCCCGGGGCAGGGCUGCUGGGCUCCCCUCCGCAGCCCAGUGUCCCCGUGUGGGAGAAAUUCACUGAGGCUACCCCUCCCCUACGUCCUCUCUCUUGGCUGCUCCAUCCAGGAGCUACUUACACUCGCCGGAUGUACAUAUGCGUCCUUGCCCACCUCUCACCAAGCCCCGGAUCCUUGCGGACUUCCCCAGGUGCCCCCUGUCCCCUCAGCAGCAGGUAGGGGACGCCGGUGUCCCAGGCCUGGGGCCCACCCUUCUUGCACCUCUGCGGGACAGAGUGGGAGCGCUAUACGGAGCUUCCCUCCCAUUUCCUUUAUUCUUCCUAAGCCCCGGGCUAGCAGCGGAGCUGUACAUACAGUGUGCAAAGUGUAUAUGAAGUUAUUUAUUCGUGACCCAUGAGCCCGUGACCGUGUCAGUGAAUCAGUGAGUCUGUGGCCUGUGCCCUCCCCAUCCCGGGUGGGCAGGAAGGGGCCAAGAGGGCUUGCCCACACAUCCUGGCCCCCAGUCCCGCUCCCUCCACCCAGGUCCCAGGGCAGCCAGACCUCUUGGGUUAUCUUUUUUUAAAUGUGAAAAUAAACUUCUUACAAAUGACUAGGCGCCUGUCCGCGCUACCUUCCGUUGGCUCCCGCUCAGGCCCUCCCCACUCCUUCCUCCAUAAAUAACUUUGGCACCUCUGGAACUACAGAUCCUUUCACUGGCAAGAAGAGGGAGAAUUCGUCUCCCUCUUGUCCCGUUCCCCAGUUCCUGGGUGUUGUAGUCAUGCUUAGGAGACUUGGGCUGGACUCCCAGGGGUCUCCCCGUUUCCACCCCGAGGCUCUUGGCCUUCUCAUCUGAUUUGUCCCGUUUCCACACGGUCUUAGGAGGUCACGGGCGAGGCCAACGCUCGGCCUCCCUCUGCUGCGCGACAGGCCGCGAAGCACUCACUGAGCCGACUCAUCUGGCUCAGGCCAGGGCGCCGGCAGCUGGUGCCCGGCCCUGCGGGCGCGGGGCAGACAGAUGGACUCCGAGGCUGCUCCCCGUUGCCCCACCCUCCUCCGCCCGGCGCCCCCCGCUCUGGCUACCCGCAGCUCCUAGUCUCUAAUGCCUGGUAGGAUCCCAUGGGCCUUUGCGACGCCACGUUAGGCAACCCUUUGCUCUCUCUCCAUCCUCCCCUUGUUCCAGUCCUGGGAGAAAUAGGAGCAGGGGAGGGGGCAGAUCAACCACCCGCCUCUGGCUCUGAGAUUUCAGGGGAGUCAGACUCCAGAUCACGUUCAAAGGGCCAAGGUCAUCUCCUGACACUGGUCCGUCUCCCGGGACCUGGGCGCAGGUGCUCCCCUCCCCCACACCACCUGCAGCACACUGACCUGCAGAUGGAAGAAAUGCUUGGGAGUUUGGAUACUUGCAAGCCAAGCACCUUCCCAGCUUUUCUGGCCUAACCUGAGAGAACAAGGCAGUGGAGGGAGGGGGCGUGUUCAGAAAGACACCCCCCCAACCAUUUUGGCUACUGUUUCCUCCCCCACCCACUAGCAUCCUCGCACCCAGGCUUUUAUUUUCUGGGAUGGUGGGGCUAUUAUUCUAAUUUUGCAAAAUGCACAGCAGCUAAUUAAGUCAAGGAGCCCCUCGGCUUUCAAGUUCUUUUGCAUGUGAAUGCAGGCUGGUAAAUCCCUCGAUCUGGCUGUGGUGGGGUGUGAGGGGGACUGUCCCCAACUCAGGGUUAAUGAAGUGGGAAAGGAGUCUCUCAUAGCCUCCUGCAAACAAAACCCCCCAAGCAACAAACCCUGCCCAAAUCCUACACGGAUUGACUUAAACCCAGGGGAUAAGUGCUUUAAAUUAAUCUCAUUGAAUAAGAAUGAGACCAAACAAAACUCUUUAAAAUCAUAUUAAAAAUCUAUCAAA